AUAAACCAAUAAGAUAUCAGAUGCUAGGUCACGUGACAACGCUUCCUUGAGUCUGCUGCCCACCACCUCGUGUGAAACUAGCGUUUUCCUAGUGCCUUUCGGCAUACAAUUUUGGAAAAUCUGAAUAUCAAAAUGAGUGACGCAAAAACCGCUCUUGCUCGCGAUGGAACAAUGCAAGCUACUGCAAAGGAAGCUGAGCGUAUACUUGAUGGUAAGAAACCAGAUGAGGAUGCUCAAACAAGAGGGCAGCAAAAACAGAUAGAAGAAUUAAAAAAAGAAAAGACCCCUGAACCCCCUGCUAAGAAAACUAAGUUAACCAAAGACAGCACAAUGGCAGCCACUGCUAAGGAGGGCAAAGCUUUACUUUCUGGUGAGAAGCUGGGUGAUACUCGACAAGAAACAGCUGACAAGAAAAGCAAAGCCAAAGCUCCUUUGAAGAAAAAUUCAACAAUUGCAAAAACAAUGGAAGAAGCAAAAUAUGUUCUUGAUGGAGAAGUUGAUGUGAAUUCUGGCCGAAAAACAAGAUCUCAGAGCCGAGGUGAUGUUCCUAAACCCCCAGUUAAAAAAGCUCCAGCUCCAAAAAGAGCAGCCAAAGAACCUGCAAAUAAGGGUAAAGGUAAAAAAGGGAAAGUAGAAGAACCGCCAGCUGAGGUAGAUUCAGAUGAGAAAAAAAAUGCUAAGGCUGAUACUGAAGAAAAAAAGAAUGCAAAGGCUGAAACAGAAGAGAAGAAGGCUCCCAAAGGUAAAAAGGGAAAGGCAGCUGCACCAGUUGAGGAAGCUCCAGCAGCAACAACAGAAGGGGAUUCUGAUGAAAAAAAGAGCGAUAGUUAGUUUAUUCAUUUUUUUUGUGUCAUUUACAUUCACCUGUCGUGUGUAUAAUUUGUGAACAUUUGAUCACAGCCAGUGGUUCAUAGUCUUAUGCCUUUCUAAGGUAUGUUAAGUUAGGCAGCUGGGGGUGUAUUGAGUCAGAACAACUGUGGUUGAGUCUUUGCAAAAGUUUACCAUGGCUACUUCAGAAAUACUUGUUUUACUUACAUGUUGAAUACCUUCCUCAUUGCAUAAAUAGUUAUGAAUUUUUUCCCAAUAUGGCAUUAAGUGGAAAGAGUAUUUAUCUGGGUUUUUAUUUUUACUCUGGCAUACAAAAUUCUAUUUGUUACUUCUAAGAAAAUUUUUAACAUUUAUGCAGUUUGGUGGGGUUAAAAUUUCAUUUUGUUUUACUGAUGUUGGUUAUUGUGAACCAUAUGAAUAACACCAACUAGCUUAAUAGUUGGAAGAUAUCUUGAUCCAUUGAAACAUUUAAAAAAAUGUGCUCCUUUGCUUUUUCAUUUGAAAUUAUAAUAAACAUGUUGGUUUUGCUUUUCUUUGGAUCAACAUGUUUUGGUUUAUUGAAAUGGAAAGAUGAAUGAAUAGAUUGUUGUAGUUAGCAAUUUGUUUCCAUCACCUUAGUUCAUUGUGAAUAUCAUAUUUCAUGUUGAAUUUGAUGUUAUUUUAAGUUAAUUUUUAUGAGGGAAUUUUUAACUUCAUAUGUAAAUCAUAACUUUGUGUCUCAUUUAAGAUAGGAUUUUAACAUUUCUCUACUGAAUAACAAUUAGUUACUUGUUUAAGAUAUUUGAUCAUGUAACUGGUUUGUAAUUGAGGUGUAUUAGCUCAUUUGUUGUUUGCUUCGUGAAAGAAAUUCUGCUGGAGGUUUUGGUUGUUAGUGUUUCAUUGAGAUUUAUAUUUCUAAAACAUAAUGAGCAUCAUUGUUAAUUUAAUGGUAUGUUAAUCUUUUUCUAACAGUUAUAGAUUGUUUCAGUUACCUUUUAUUUUAUAGGGUUGUUUUUUUUUUUUAAGGCUUUUGAAAAAGCUUACAUAAAUCACUUUGCAGUCUUUUAAAAGUAGCUUCAUUUCUCUUAUUUAGUGCAAGGCAGCAUCAUUUUCAUAUUUUAGCCUCUCUAAAUUAAAUUUUUGUUGUCUGUACUUUUGUAUUCUGUGACUUUAGUUUUCUUCAUCCAUUAACUAAUGCCAGCAGUCAAAGGUAACUGAUUUUUAUUAAAGGAUAUUAUAAUGGUUCACUCCACAUGAAUUUUUUUUUAAUGGUUUUACCUGUUAAUACCAAAUCGCCAGCAGUUUCCCUUUAAUUAAUCUUUGUUCCUAGCUGAUUGUUGAUAUGAGAAUUUGACUGUAUAUUUUAUUUAGUAAUAGUAAACUUCAUGCCAUCACCACACUAAUUGUAUAUUUUAGAUAUACAUAGCUACUUUGUGUUCAUUUUUGUUAAUGGAUGGCACUGUACUCUUUUUUUUUGGCAUCUCCGGAAAGUUAGGAUUACCAUUUGUUUGACUUGGGGUGGCUUUGAGUUUGGAAAUAUUUCACUUAGAACACAUGCAGAGUGGUUGGUGUCAUUCAUACAGAAAUUUUACUAUAUUUAUAGUUCAAUCAAAUUUUUAGCACAUGAAAUUGAAUUUUAAAUUUUUUUUUUAUUGUGCUGUCAGUGUUAAUUGUCAAUUUAAUGUAAUGAAUUUUGUUUGGUGCACUUUGGGGAUUUUUAUGUACUAAUUUUUAUAGUAAAUUUUAAGUUCUGUAUGUGAACAUUAUGUACAAGUAUAAGACCUAUAGUUUGAUGAUUUUUUAUAUCAGAUGGUUUCCCCAUUAUCGCUUCCAUUGAAAAAAAAUUACAUCUCCAUUUUUCAAUGGUAUGUCAUCCUUUCUGCUUUCAUAAUAAAGUAUGUUGUAACAUAUUCA